AGCUGUGCUUAAAGGAUUGGCAGCUAGACGUCUAUAUUAAUACAACGUCAGAAGCUGCUCUUGCUUGCGGAGGCAUUUGGGUGGGAGGUGGCAUUUGUUUGAUUCACAAAGAGGUACAAACCAGUGACCUUUCAAACAUGAUGGAGGCGCUAUGGACAAUGUUCGCAGUCCUAUUUAUCUUGGUGGGCCUAUUUGAGGGGAGUUCCUGUCUUACGAUGGACCAGGUAGCUAGCCUCGUUCCUGGAGGCUUGGACGCUACGACUGCGCUCAACCUCAGCUUCCACGGUCUGACCGGGCCCAUACCCCCCCAACUAGGUUCCCUGAAAAACCUUCAGCUCUUGGACCUCUCGAACAACCAGCUCUCCGGCCCAAUCCCCCCUGAACUGGGGAAUCUGACAAAUCUGCGGAUCUUGUGGCUACACGUAAAUGCCCUGUCGGGGCCCAUUCCAGCAGCGCUUGGGGGGCUUGCUUCACUAACCACGCUGGCGCUCUUCAACAACAGCCUCUCCGGAGAUAUUCCCCCCCAGCUGGGAGAGCUGCAGCGGCUCCAGUAUUUGGGAUUUGCGUCAAACGGGUUGUCGGGCGUGAUUCCUGCGGCUCUGGGGGGUCUUGCCAGCUUGACCUACCUCGACUUAGGUAGAAACUCUCUCAUGGGCGCCAUUCCCCCCGAGCUUGGCAAUCUAACCAACCUCGAGCACAUGUAUCUUUCCUCUAAUUCCCUAUCCGGCCGCAUUCCCCCAACGCUUGGCAAACUCACCAAAUUGGUCAACCUUUCCUUGACUGGUGACUACUUCCAGUCGGCCAGUACCAGUCUGAGUGGCCCCAUACCCCCCCAAUUGGGCGCCCUAGUCAACCUCCGUUCCUUGGGACUUAGCGGCAACUCGCUUAAUGGUACGAUUCCGCCAGAAUUGGGCCUCUUGCGAAGUUUGGAAUACCUGUGGCUGCAAAUCAACUACUUAUCUGGGGGUAUACCGGACGAGCUUGGUGGCCUUCAAAAGUUGCUCGUUCUCGACAUCUCCAAGAACAGGCUGAGAGAGCCUAUCGCCCCUGGCAUCGGGCAUUUUCUGGCACUGCAGGCUUUAGAUCUGUCCAGCAACUACUUUAAUGGACCUAUCGGGGGGGGAAUUGGAAACAUCGUCAACCUUGAGCAGCUACGGAUUGAGGGUUGCAACAUUACUGGGGCGAUCCCCUCCAGUCUGGGAAAGCUUGUGAAACUAAGAGGGUUGAUCUUGCGGUCAAAUAGAGAACUCUCCGGACCUAUCCCUGCGGAACUGGGCAACUUAAGAUAUCUGGAGAAUUUGGAUCUGGGGACUUGCAAUCUAACGGGGACCAUUCCGAGGGAGCUCGGUCGCUUUAGUCAACUGACCAGCUUGAGCCUCAUGGAGAACCCGAUGCUUUCGGGGCCAAUCCCUGAAGAGUUUGCGGCGUCGCCUCGACUCUCUUAUGUGCGCCUCAACGGGUGCAACUUGACCGGGUCGAUACCGCAGUGGUUUGGGGAGUUAUCCGGGCUAACCCUCUUAGACGUUUCCAACAACCGCCUUUCCGGGCCUAUACCGCCCGUUCUCGGCAACCUAGUCAACCUAACCUCGCUCAGCCUUGCGAAAAACCGGCUGAGCGGUCCCAUCCCCCCAGAGAUAUUCAAACUCGGCCAAUUGACGACCUUGGAACUUGGCACCAACAAUCUUUCCGGCACUAUUCCCCCCGGUCUUCGGUCCCUCACCAAGCUACAAACCCUGGCCCUGCAAGUCAAUAGCCUCUCGGGGGUGAUCCCUUCGUACCUGGGCAAUCUAACCGAUCUACGAAAAUUGACUCUGGGCGCCAACCGAUUGACCGGAACGAUACCUCCCGAGCUCGGACGCCUGACCCAGUUGGGCUAUAUGGACGUGUCCGACAACAGCUUAUCGGGGGGGAUCCCUUCGAGCCUGGGUAAUCUAAGUGCGCUAGAAUAUCUGUGGCUGGCCGGCAACCAAUUGACCGGCACGAUACCUCCCGAGCUCGGACGCCUGACCGCACUCAUGGUAUUGAACUUAUACAACAACAGCCUCGUGGGGCAGAUCCCACCAGAGCUCGGCGGGAUUGUAGCGUCGGGGUCCUACCGUCGUAAUCAACUUCGCCUAUCCCUUAGUAACAACCAGCUGUCCGGGCCCAUUCCCUCCCAGCUCUUUCCAAAAGGGGCCUCCUAUGACAUCUUCGACCUGUCCAACAACAGCUUUUCCGGCCCCAUUCCGCCCGAGCUCUCCGAUCUCAAAUAUCUGAGGGACCUAAACGUAGCCCAUUGCAACCUGACCGGUCCCCUGCCACGGGGCCUUGGCGUCUUCGCAAGCAUGAUUUUGGAGAUCGACGUGUCCCACAACCGCCUCUCCGGUCCCCUGCCGGACGAUUUGGGCGCCCUCAAACGGUGCGGCCGUUUUGACAUCUCGAACAACAGCUUCUCGGGGCCUAUUCCCACCAGCUACAUGGAUGGGACGCGCGAUUCAAGCGGAUGGCCGGUAACGGGGCUCGGCAACAAAGUCUUCCACGCCGCCUACAAUCGUCUUUCCGGCCCUUUGCCCAGCAACGCAUGCGCCUGGGACCUAGAUCUGUCCGGGAACGCUUUGUCGGGGCCCCUUCCCGCUGACCUCGCCACUUGCCUUGCCGCCCGGAUGGACCUGAGUGGGAAUAUGUUCGCUGGCGUGCCGCCUAAGCCGAUUACCUCACCUGAGGUGCUGGGGCUUGACUACCCCCUGCCGGGCUGGUUAUCCACCCAGAAUAUGACCAUUAUCCGUAUGGCUGUCAACGAUCCGCGGGUUUAUUCUCUAGACCUGUCGCCACUUUCCGUCAAAUGCAAGCUCGUUGAGAUCGUUGGCCCCGCCCCCCAGUUGACCAACAUCAAAUUCUGGGACGCUUGCGCGUCCGGUUGCGCGAUCAAUCUCAUUGGCACUGGUGCCAAACUGUCGCGGGAAACGAGGCGCGCAGCUUGCCUUGGCAGGAUCUCGGUCUUUGUGGAGGGAGAUGCUCCCAGUGUUGUUGUUCCGUACAUCGGCUCCUUCUCGCUUAUCCCUUCAUAUCCACCCUACCUGCAAAAUGACCGGGGAACGUACUUCUUUGCGAACGACUCCGACUUCGUCGACAAGAUCGACCUGGGUCCGGGCGGCCGCGCAUACACGGGCGUCUCCUUUAGCCGCGUCCAGAACGGAAACCUCUGCCAAAACCCCGAGGCGAGGUACGCGGUCGCUGCCGCUUGGGGAGCCUUUGCGGCUGCGCUGCUCGUUGGCUCCGUUGCUCUUGCGCUCCUGGCGCGCCGCCCGAAAAAGGAGGGGGGCCCUGGCUGGCUGAGCAAACAUUUGCUCUUGGCGAAGUGCGUUGCGGGCGGCUUUUACCUCUGGGGAAUUGUAUCGUCCGUUCUUCCGUACGCCGAUUUGUACACGGACGUCGCUGUCUUGAGGGACGUUUGGGGGGCCUGGCCGGCAUGGGUUCUUCUCCCGUCGACUAUAAGCCCCUUCGUCAUCUCCGGCUAUUACGCUGCCAAUGCCUGGGCGGCUGGGGGGGGCAUUUUCAGCCUGCCAGCGUGCCCCCCAUUCCGGUGGGUCUGGCCUCCCUCCCUCUCCAGCGAUAAGUGGGCCUCGAGCAUCAGGGCCGCUCCGGUUCAAGGGGUUUCUGCCCGAGCGCUUUUCCUGUGGCCGGUUGCCAUGUUGCGCCUCCCCGGGUUCGACGUGCUAGGUGUUCUGGCCCGGGCCGGGCUGGUCAUGCGGUCGGGGGAUGCGGUUGCGGGCAUGGACGAGUACCUCAGCGCGCGCGCGCACCUGGACGUGCUGCUCCGCGCGCUCCCCCAGGCGGUCUUUCAGUCGGUGAUCUACUUUCUGGGCAGUUCUCGUGCGACGCGCAUCUACAUCGACGUGCGGAUCUUCGGCCCCUCCAUCGCUCUGUCUCUCGUCUCGCUGGGCGUCUACCUCGGGACCAUGUUCUGGGAGUCGCUCAAAAGUGGCGACAGGUUCCUGCUCGUCUUCUUGCGCCGGCCGCGCAAGAUGCGCGAGAUCACGCUCUUCACGGAGGUGGCAGCCCAAGACGGAGGGAGGGAGCUUCUGGCGUCAGGGAAAGCGACAGGCAGCGUCGACAUGGCGUAGCCUACUGGUGACCAAGAGAGGAGAUCCUGACGCGGUAUCCAUCUAUAAUUAAGACCAUUCCAAGGUACACCUACAAACAACCUAUAGCUUUGUCUUCAGUCAACGGCCGCCCAGCCAUGCAAUUGUUGUCGGUGCAUGACUCAGUGAUUGCCACUGUCUCUUCAACACACUUCGACG